GUACAUUGUAUCUUUUGCUUGACUGUUGGAUAUUCGACGGUUAAAGGAUAGUACCUAGCAAGAUCAGAUUCCAGUUGGUAGCCAAAGAGAUGAAAGUUAGGAGCUAUCCUGGUCGAGCGGUCCUAGAGGACCCAGAAUUGCUCUUGGACCCGGACGCAACUCGAGGUAGAGCCAUGGAAUUGCUUUAUGAGGCCAGCUGGCGCGAGUGUGGAGUGAACUGGACCAGUAACGGGCGUAACAAAGUUACCAGGGAGCAGGAAGAGAAGUACAGGCAACCGUACGCGGAGGUGAUCUCUCAACUGGAGGGUGUGCUGGAGGGUAGCCGGGUCAGCUCGAGCGCAAGAGAGGACUCGGAGUCGAGAAGAUCGAGCAGCACCGGCACCACCGACAGCGAGUCCGAGGUGAAUCAGAGUGGCAAUAAUCAAGGUGGAUUCCUUAUACCGAGGCCGAGGCUGAUCGUACCGGUUCACACCUACGCCAGGAGACGGCGGACCGGCGCCCCACCGCCAGCGAGGAGGCGACAAAUACGGGAAGAGGGUAAGGUCGAAGUGUCACGCGAUGGCAAAUACAUGAGUACCCUAGCACCCGGAAAGGUACUCGGCGAGCUGGCGAUCCUUUACAACUGUAAGCGAACAGCAACGAUAACAGCGGCCUCAGAUUGCCAGUUAUGGGCCAUCGACCGACAAUGCUUCCAGACUAUUAUGAUGAGGACUGGCCUCUCGAGGCAGGCCGAGUACACGGAUUUCUUAAAGAGCGUUCCUAUCUUCAAAAAUUUACCCGAGGAGACAUUAAUCAAAAUUUCGGACGUCUUGGAAGAGACUUUCUACAACAACGGAGACUACAUAAUCAGGCAAGGGGCAAGGGGAGACACGUUCUUCAUUAUAAGCAGAGGACAAGUACGUGUAACGAUAAAGCAACCGGACAAUCCAGAAGACAAGUACAUCAGGACAUUGGGCAAAGGUGACUUCUUUGGUGAAAAGGCUCUCCAGGGAGACGACCUGAGGACGGCCAACAUCAUCGCGGACGAUCCUGAAGGGGUGAGCUGUCUGGUGAUCGACCGCGAGACGUUCAAUCAGCUGAUUUCAUCCCUGGACGAGAUCCGUACGCGGUACAAAGACGAGUUGGUGGAAGGCAGAAGAUUGAACGAGGAAUUCAGAGACCUAAGGCUGCAAGACCUUCGGCCAUUAGCCACCCUGGGCGUGGGUGGUUUCGGAAGAGUCGAAUUAGUUCAAAUAGCCGGCGACGGCACGCGAUCCUUCGCUCUGAAGCAAAUGAAGAAAGCCCAAAUCGUCGAGACGCGACAGCAACAACAUAUCAUGUCCGAGAAACGGAUCAUGGGCGAAGCUGACUGCGACUUUAUCGUGAAGCUGUUCAAAACCUUCAAGGACAGAAAGUAUCUGUACAUGCUGAUGGAGGCUUGCCUUGGCGGCGAGCUGUGGACAGUGCUCAGGGACAAAGGGCAUUUCGACGACGGCACCACGCGAUUUUACACCGCGUGCGUUGUGGAAGCGUUUGAUUACCUUCAUUCUCGAAACAUUAUUUACAGAGAUCUCAAGCCGGAAAAUCUUCUUCUCGACGGGCAAGGAUACGUUAAACUUGUCGAUUUUGGCUUCGCCAAGCGUUUGGAUCACGGAAGAAAAACGUGGACUUUCUGCGGUACCCCUGAAUACGUUGCACCGGAAGUAAUUUUGAACAAAGGACACGACAUCAGUGCUGAUUACUGGUCUCUUGGUGUUCUCAUGUUCGAACUUCUUACUGGCACACCGCCGUUCACUGGUGGCGAUCCAAUGAAAACUUAUAAUAUUAUCCUGAAAGGAAUCGACGCCAUAGAAUUCCCGAGAUCGAUCACACGAAACGCAACAGCAUUAAUUAAAAAACUUUGCAGGGACAAUCCAGCAGAGCGUCUUGGUUACCAAAAGGGUGGCAUCAGCGAAAUACAGAAACAUAAGUGGUUUGAUGGUUUCAACUGGGAAGGUUUAAGGUCGAGAACCCUCGAACCUCCAAUCAUGCCACGUGUCCAAGGUGCCACAGACACCACAAACUUUGAUGAAUAUCCACCAGACUCAGAUCCACCACCACCUGACGAUGUAUCUGGAUGGGACAAUGACUUCUAGCAACCUAUGAAUUUCUAUCUAAAGAAACGAUUAUUGUUAAAAAGAACUCACGGAAAUUCAAUUCAUGUUCAAAGGAACUCGAGGAUAGUCAAAGUAUCACUGAAAAAUAUGGCUAUCAACAUCUGCAUUUAUGCUGCAAGCUGUUACUAUUUGAUGUACAGAAAAUCAUGUAACAUCUAUUAUCCUGAAAGUAACAUUGAGGACACAGAAACUAGCUUCUGAUAAAAACUCGCGCCAUAAAGAGUUAUAUUUUACAUGGUAGAUCCAUUCGAUCCACCAGAACAACAAACAGAACGGUUUCAGACUAAACUAUCUAGAAAGAAACAUAAAGUUUCUAGACACCGCCCAGUAUCAGAGUGAACCUAUCGCGCGCGCGUCACAUUUAGAGAAUUUACACGCACAAGUCCCGCGGUUCUGCGAAACAGAAACUGAAGACGCACUAUCGUGAGACGCGCGCGUAUAUGCGUCAAGUGCCAUACCUAUCAGAGGUAAAGUCGAGAACACGACAUAAUGUGGGUAGUGCACAUCCACGCGAAAGUGCACAGAAUGUAGUCAGCUCAACCGGAAGUGACUUCUUGCCAUCAGACUCGCAAUGUGCCCGCAAUCCCGCGGAACAUACCACGUUGGUUUCUUCGCGUCCGGUUCAUUGUUGUUUGAUUCACUUUAUAGUUUAUUGUAAUAAUCCUAUUUUAAUUAAU